AUGUUCGGAGAUUGUCAAGUGAUGUCAAGCAUGGGUGGUGGAAGUGGGAUUUCAUCUGAAUCCAUUUUUCCUAACUUCAACUUCAUGCCUUUCACCGAUUUCUCUUCCAUCAUCCCAAAAGAGGAGAUGGAGAGCAUGGUGAGAUCAGGGAAAGAGGAGAUGGACAGUGGUGGGUCGGGAAGCGAUCAAAUUGAAGGAGGAUUGUCUGGAAACGAUCAAGAUGCUGAUCAACAGCAACCCCCUGCAAAGAAGAAGCGUUAUCACAGACACACCGCUCACCAGAUCCAAGAAAUGGAAGCGUUGUUUAAGGAAUGCCCACAUCCAGAUGAUAAGCGAAGGAUGAGAUUAAGCCAAGAACUUGGGCUUAAGCCACGCCAAGUCAAAUUCUGGUUCCAAAAUCGUCGUACCCAAAUGAAGGCACAACAAGAUCGGGCGGAUAAUGCCGUCCUUAGGAACGAUAACGAGAAUUUAAGAAUUGAGAACAGUCGGCUACAGAAUGCGUUGCACGCGCUUGUUUGCUCAAACUGUGGAGGGUCUACGAUGUCGUUUGAUGAGCAACAACUUCGAAUGGAAAACGCUCGGCUCAAAGAGGAGUUGGAUCGUGUCUGUCUUAUUGCUAGUCAAUUCUGUGGGAGUGAUCCUUUGCAAACACAAGGACAGGGUCCUCUCCCUUCAUUGAUGACCUCUAAUCAGCUGGAUUUGGACAUGAAUAUGUAUCCCAGGCCAAAUGAUCAAGAGGGCAUGCCAAACUGCAGUGAAAUGAUGCAGAUGAAUCCUUUAAUGGCACCUGAAGGUCCCAAUUUUGCUGCUGCUAAUGGGUUAAUCAUCAUGGAUGAUGAAAAACCUCUUGCAAUCCAAUUUGCGCUAUCAUUCAUGGAUGAAGUUGUUAAGAUGUGCAGGUUUGGUGAACCCCUUUGGACCAGGGUUAAUGAUGCUGGCAAAGAAGUGCUUAAUUUUGAAGAGCAUGCCAAGAUGUUUCCAUGUCUGAUUAACCGGAAAACGGAUUUGAAUGAGUUGAGAUAUGAAGCAUCGCGUAGUAGCUCAGUUGUGAUCAUUAACAGUAUCACCCUGGUUGAUGCUUUUCUUGAUGCAGAUAAAUGGAUGGAGUUGUUUCCCUCAAUCAUCUCGCGCGCGAAAACCCUCCAAGUUAUCACUUCUGGUGUUAAUGGAAACGCAAAUGGUUCGCUGCACCUGAUGUAUGCUGAACUGCAAAUGCUAUCACCACUUGUGCCAACGAGGGAAAUUCAUUUCCUCCGUUAUUGUGCACAAAAUGGCGAAGAUGGAACUUGGGCUAUCACUGAUUUCCCGUUGGACAGCUUUCACGAUACUUACCAGCCCUCGCUUACUAGAUACAAGCGUCGCCCCUCAGGCUGCAUUAUACAAGACAUGCCUAAUGGCUAUUCAAGGGUUACUUGGGUUGAACAUGCUGAGGCUGAGGAUGAGCCAGUUCAUGGGAUCUUUGCUGAUUAUGUCAGCAGCGGGAUGGCAUUUGGAGCGAAACGAUGGCUAGCUGUUUUACAACGCCAAUGUGAGAGGCUCGCAAGCCUUAUGGCCCGAAAUAUAUCUGAUAUUGGAGCCAUUCCAUCACCGGAGGCAAGAAAGAAUUUGAUGAACUUGGCUCAGAGGAUGGUGAGGAUGUUCUGUCUUAACAUCACCGGGUCGUGUGGGCAAUCUUGGACUGCACUUUCCGACUCAAUGGAGGACACGGUGCGAAUAACGACCAGGAAAGUCACUGAACCAGGCCAGCCCCAUGGCUUGAUUCUGACCGCGGUAUCCACAACGUGGCUUCCUCAUCCUCACUAUCAAGUCUUUGAUCUUUUGAGAGAUGAACGCCGCCGUUCUCAGCUUGAUGUGCUCUCAAAUGGGAACCCGUUGCAAGAAGUGGCUCACAUUGCAAAUGGCUCUCAUCCUGGAAACUGUAUCUCUCUUCUUCGUGUUAAUGUGGCUAGCAAUUCAUCCCAGAAUGUUGAGCUGGUGUUGCAGGAGAGUUUCACUGAUGAUUCUGGUAGUCUUGUAGCCUACUCAAUUGUGGAUGUGGAUGCCAUCAAACUUACCAUGAAUGGUGAAGAUCCAUCAUGCAUCCCUCUCCUCCCCCUAGGGUUUGUUAUUGUCCCGGCGGGACAAAACCCUGCAGGCAACCUCAGCUCCACCAGCGCCACCACCAGCAUCGGGAACACAACUGAAUCUGGAGGAGGCUGCCUACUGACUGUGGGACUGCAAGUGCUGGCCAAUGCCUUACCCACUGCAAAACUCAAUCUCUCGAGUGCCAACACUGUUAACAACCAUAUACAAAGUACAGUGCAUCAAAUCAUCGCCGCCCUUGGUGGGGUUGCCGGUAAUAACGGCAUUGGUGGUGGUGGUGGUGGUGGUGGCCACAGUGGGAGUCAGUGUGCUGAUGAUGGUGAUAAUGGUGGUGGGUUUGAUGAACAACCAACUACUAGACCACCCAAGAAAGUUGAUUCCAGCCCAACUUCAAAGGUUAAUUAA